AUGGAGUCUCGUGUCGCCCUCUGGUCGUUCAUCAUUCUCUUCGCGGCAGCUGUCACGGCAGUCCCGUACUCGCCCACGUACAAUUACGGCUUUGAUGCUGCAAAUUUGGUUAAACGCCAAACACAAGACCCCAUCGUUGUCACAAAGCUUCCCCUCGCUAAUGGAACUGUGCCCCUUCGUCCUGAAAUCAGGCAGAUGAAGCAGAACCCAUACAAAUGGAAUCUGUUUCUGCUCUCCAUGAGCAUGCUACAGUACACGAACCAGAACGACGAGAUCUCGUGGUACCAGAUCGCAGGCAGGUUUAUUCGCUCAACACUCGAGCCAAAUCCUAACAUCAAACAGGUAUUCAUGGAGUUCCUUUCGCAAGUUCUCUUUCGCCUGGUACAAAUGAUCGCUACCUGGUUCACGGAUCCAAACGAGCGUACCUUCUAUCAUGCCGCUGCAGCUGAUUUUCGCAUCCCGUAUUGGGAUUGGGCUGCUUCACCGCCGGCCGGAGAAAGCGUGUUCCUCCCUGAUUUCGAAUCCGAAGGCAUUCAGAUAUAUGGCCCCAACGGUUGGCAGUACAUUGCCAACCCGCUUUACAGCUACAAGUUCAAUCCGCUGGAUCCCAAGGUUUUCUCCCAAGGCGAUUUCCCGAAUUGGACAGAGACCAAGCGAGCGCCGUUUGAGAAGACUGACAACCGCAGCGUGGCGCAUUCCAUCGAACAUGCGAGACCGGCUUUACAGCAGAGACUAUACACCCUUUUGUCAAAUUACAAGGACUACGGACCCUUCAGCAACAAGUAUUGGGGCACGGCCACCAACCAGUCGCAAUUCGACUCGGUCGAAGCGCUUCAUGACGCGAUGCAUGUUUUGGUUGGUAACCGUGGCCACAUGUACUACAUCCAAUAUUCAGCCUUUGACCCUGUGUUUUUCCUUCACCAUACAAUGGCGGACAGGGUAGUCACGAUGUGGCAAGCUUUAUACCCAAACUCGUGGGUGACGCCCCAGGUCGCGAUGGAGCAUUCUUUCACCAUGCCACCCGGAGAAGUCCAAGACGUAUUCACGGAGCUAAAACCCUUCUAUGCAAAUGCCAGCGGCGCAUUCUGGAACUCGGAGAUGGCAAACGACACAUUGCACUUUGGCUACUCAUACGCGGAGACCAUUCCUGGCCAGGCGGGGUCCAAGUCGGAAGAUCGUACCCGCCUCAUAGCUGCAAUCAACAGGCUCUACGGCUCAUCCAGCCCUUCAACCCUCGUUCAAAAGCGCAAGAGAGCCCUUGAGAGACGAGAUCGCGGGAAGUUUUCGCAACUUCGACAAGGCACUUUGUCAGAUGAUGUGUCACCAGACUUCUCACGCGAGCCUCACGUUGCUGCCAGUCUUGUGACUGACGAUAACACAUACACAGAGUGGAUCGCCAAUGUCCACGUACAGAACGGCGCACUGAACGGCUCGUUUACUAUUCAUUUCCAGGCUAUUGGCGGGCCCCACUUCCCAGAUACGGGCUGGGAACUUUUCCGAAGCUUCAGCCUCUCCUGCUUCUGCGGCUUAGGAGUCAACUGGUCCACGCAGGGUCGCGACAUCCUCAUUCUCACCCACACUAUCCCAAUCCACACGCGACAUACGGAAGCCGCCAACAUGAAGCUCGUCAGAUUUUUGAUGAAAUGCGCCAACGAAACGGUGACAAUUGAACUCAAGAACGGCACCAUCGUACACGGCACCAUCACGUCUGUCUCGCCCCAGAUGAACACGGCGCUUCGUACAGUCAAGAUGACGCCCAAGGGUCAGGACGCCGUGUCGCUCGACACCAUGAAUAUCCGUGGCUCCACCAUCCGAUACUUCAUCCUGCCCGACUCGCUCCCGCUAGACACGCUUCUCAUCGACGACGCGCCGAAACCCAAGAACAAGGCUCGCAAGGAGGCUGAGCGCGGCACCGGCGGCCGUGGAGGCAGAGGCGGCCCAAGAGGACGUGGCCGUGGCAGGGGACGCGGUCGCGGUCGUGGUUAG